GGAAUGUCGACCGGAGUUAUGUAAUGUCCACUUGGCCAACCAGUGUCCACAAGGGCUUCUGUCGACCAACAGCCUUCAGUCAGCAUGCUCUUCGCGAGCAGCAGCGUGGUCGCCAAGUCGUUCCGUCAAGUCUCAGAGUUCCUGAAGCUACGGUCUCGCCCGCUACCCUGCUACUCGCUAGAGGAGGUGGGCUCUCACGACAACUACCACGACUGCUGGAUCAUACUGUUCGACAAGAUAUACAACGUCACCGACUUUAUACAUUUGCACCCUGGAGGAGAAUCGAUUAUUCUGGAGCAUGCCGGACGAGACGCUACGUUCACCUUCUUGUCCGCUGGCCAUUCCGAGCACAUGAUGGCUGUGCUAAGUAACUACCUAGUGGGCAAGCUACCAAGCUGCGAGCACAUCUUCGAAACUGAAGAAAGCAACACUGAUUAGAUAGAACAUUCCAAGAGCUAGACCAAUUAAUUGUGAUUACCGCUUUGUGCAGUAAAUAAUACUUACAAGCAAUAAAGCGUUAGUAUAUAAGUGAAAUGUUCCUUCCAGCUCAAGAGGAUGUAUAAAACUAAAUAUUCAGUGCACUGUUGUUUUAAUGCCUUUUAAACCAUUAGGUGUUGGUAAAAUAGUUAGUUUUUCCAUUAUCAUAUUAUAAUCAAUAAGAUGGGGUCGCAGAUGGAUGUAUUUUAACCCAAUAAAUAAAGGAUGUAUGUAGAGUGAAGGGAGAUGCCCUGAGUUGCUUUGUUAAUGUCUCGUUUACACUAGAGUUUGGAAAACGUGUUCAAACAAAAGUUUAGAGCAAUCUAAAUACUUGUUUUUGGUUGAAAAAUAUUGAUGUUUACAACAAAAUUUUUCGCAAGAAAUCAGGCAUAUUUUUUACACCUACUUUUUUCUAGCGUGUUUACACUGAAGUAGUACAGUGUACAGUGCAGACAUUAAUCCACACCAGAGAGUAUCACAUCCACAGAUCAUGCCUAUAUCCAAAAUUCGUGACCUCCAAGUAGUUGGAUUACAGGACGACACCACGGUCCCAGUCUUGUGUUGGUAUGUAUGUACUUUUGAAAACUCAU